AUGAUUGGUCCCAUCGGUGCCAAGAGGGUCGGUAGCUUCAGCCCAUCAAAGUAUUUCGAGGAAAAAUAUUUCUGGGAGAAGGCAAACGUUGGGCCUUUCUUCCUCUUUCUCUUCUUUGCGCCCACCUUCUACCGUUCCUUCAAGGAUUUCUACUGGACGCAGCAGCUGCGCAAACUGAGCACCGAAGAGAUCAUCAGUGAUCGUUAUGAGUGGCUUCGAUUGAACAUGCUGAAGGACGAAGUUGAGGCUUGUCUUCUGGCGCAGGUGCCGGAGGGAGGGAUCAAGCCCUUGGAGCUGGGCCCUUCCAAGGCUGAGCUGGUGCUGGCGCGAGGAUCGAUUUUUGAUUUGGACGGAUCUAUGGAGCAACAUGCCACUACCGGGAGUCCUCGGGCAACGUCUGGAGGUCACGAGGUCAUGGAGGCACCUGCGGCCCUGGCGGGGCCCAAGAUGCCGAAGGCUCGUCGCUCGGUGCCGAUUGUCCUCGCCUUUCUGGCUUCUGCGGCGGCAGCUACCUACUGGGCGCCAGUUUGGGUUGGUGGAGCUUCACGACAGCCACGCAGGACAGACCUCGUUAAGUGCCAUUCCACGCAGCACGUCUCCCUCCCGAACCCGCAAAACAUCGAGGCACGGCGGAACUAUCCCGAGUAUAAGUUCGAUGAGGACGGCGGCAUGUAUGACAUCAUCAAAUAUCCUUUGCUGACAGCAAAGGCGUGCCGUUUGCUUGAAGAGUACAACAUCUACACCUUCAUGGUGGAUCGGAAGGCCAACAAGCCACAGAUUCGUGCUGCCAUUGAGACGAUUUUCGGCGUCAAGGUGAUCAAAUGCAACACGUUGAUACCUUCUUCCAGAUACCAAAUUGCGUAUGGAAUGAAAAUUGGCAGAAAAUCCCUCUUCAAGAAGGCGUAUGUGCAGGUCAAGGAGGGGGAUUCGAUUGACCUCUUCCCAGAUGACCCGGAAGCAGUCUGA